AUGAAAAACACCAAACUGAGACGUGCGAACAACGGAGCAAGUAAAAAUUUUGAAAUGAAUAAUAAUUUGACAAAUAUUACUUGUAUAAUUUUAUUUAUAAUAUUCAGCACGGCAUUUUAUCUAGUAAUGUCGUUCACGCCGAUUACAAAAGAAGAACAUGUGAAGAAAUAUCAAGACAUGCAGGCACAAGUGGAACCUUUUAGGAAAAACAUUUCAGAAUGCGCGCACCAAGUUAAGGCUUCCAUGGUAGAUAUUGAAACAUUCCUAAAACGGGUGCCCCAAUCGACCAUGCAGGGGAAAUGCUUCAUAGCUUGUAUUCUCAAAAGAAAUGCUAUAAUAAAAAACAAUAAAGUAGACGUCCAGAAUCUCAUAGCAGCGAAUAAAGAAGUUUAUGGUGAAGACAGCGAAGUUCUAGUUAGACUUAAAACAGCCGUAAACGAGUGUCUUAAAGUAGUUGAUGGCAUUUUCGAAAUUUGCGAAUAUGCAUCUAUUUUCAAUGAUUGUAUGCACAUGAAGACGGAACAUCUUCUUGAUAAAUUGACGAUGGAAAGGCGCAUGGAGGCCCUUGGGCAGAUGACUUCGGACCCUGAUGUGUGGAGUGAAGAAGAAGACGAAAUGUUAAGACUUGCAAAAGACGAAUUAUGAAUCGUAAAAAUAUUAUUAUUCUAGUUCCAUUCUGAACUCUAUAAUUGCUCUCCCUCUUAAGUAAGCUGAUGCUGAUUAUUGAUUGAUUUUCACCCAUCACUAACGUAAUCGACAUUUUAGCUAAAUCGAGUUAUUAACAUAUUCUGGGAUCAUGGAAAAGAGAUCUACAACCUCCUCUAAUCGGGUUAUUUAAUAUUUUAUUUGGCUUCAGUUUUAUUGUCAAGCAAAAUUAGCGUAGCCGCAUUUUUUAAAUAAAAAAAUCUUCAUUCGUCAAUAUAUAUAUUAUUACCAAAAUGUGACUGCGUUAAUUAUGACAAGGAGUGCAGAACUAACAUUUUUUUAUUAAAUUACAUUUUCACCUCACUAGCUCGCAAAGGCUUUCUUUCUCAUUAGAAAUCUGCUCGCAAAAACGUUUUUCAACGCUAGCAUGGAAAAGGUUUUCGAAAUUCGUACUUAACGAUGGACUGUGGUGUACCUAACUUUUUAUUUCGAUGAAAAAUAAUUUAAUGACACGUUGAACUACGCGAUGUGUAGUUGUAGUACAUUAUUUAUGUAAUAUAAAUCCUAUAUUACAUAAAUAUUUUACUUAAACAUAAACAAUAGCCUUAUUAAAUAGCUAUUUGGUACUCAUCGCGACUUCUGGUGUACAUAUAAGUACUCAACGUUGUAUCGCGAUUAGCAGUCGUCUUGAGGUCUUGGUUCAAGGUACCAUACAAAAAAGUUCAAGAGCGUACAAUAUGUAACAAAGAGUAUGGAUCGAAAGGCACAAUAAAAAAAAUUGUAUGUAAAAUAAUGUACUCUGUAACUAAUAAUAAUUAUUAAAGACUUAAGGCGAUGAGUCGACGAUCCUUUAUGCACGCGGAGCAGUGUUCAAAAAUUCUGUCAGGCCAGGGGGACUACUAUGAGCUUAUAGAGCAAUCCUGUUUAGACCCGUAAGUUAGAUUGCCUGUCAAAUUCGUACUAUGACCUCAUAAAAAUAAUUCACUUUCCAUGCAGUUUACGUUCCCCAUUCGAAAUCCAUUCCUCUUUCUUUAAUAGCAAAAUCGUAUCAUGUAAAAGUAAGCAAUUCAAAGAAAUCGGUGUCAUCGGUAAAAAUAAGCAAUUCAAAGAAAGUUACUGUGACUAACUUUUUUUAGAUUUUGUUACAUUUUUAAGAAAUUUCGUUUCAGUUUUAUUAUAUUUUCAGUUUCAUAAUUAUUAG